CGUCUGUUUCCCAUUUUUCAGCCGUCAACAAAGCCAUAGAUUUCUAAAACCUGGGAUUCAUCUACUGAAUUCACCUUUUCCUCUCUUUACCCUUUCUAUAUAUACAAGCAAGAUCAAUACAAAAGCAAAACUGAUUAAAAAAAAACAAUUGCGACCCAAGAUUUUUUGUUGCUUUGAAAAUUCAUCUGUGGGAUAUUAUCACCUGGGCAUGAGCUUGAGGGACGUGAGUAGAGUGGUGUACCAGGCAGGGAUGAGGGUUACGCAGGGGGUCAAAGAGCAGGCUCCCAAGUGUGGUGGUUCAUCAUCUUCUUCUUCUUCAUCUUCCUCUUCAAAGCAGGCAUGGCGUUUCUCUUCAUCUGUUGAUUCGGGUGCUUUCAAGGCUGCCAACAGUGACAAGGUUAAGCAAGCAGAGGAGUCUCUCAGGACUGUCAUGUACUUGAGCUGUUGGGGUCCUAACUGAUCAGCGGUGGCGUUUUACUCUUUAAUCUAAACCAAAGCAAGCGGCUACAAACGAGAUUAAUCAAAUUUGAGAGGUGUCUUGCUUUUAGCUCUUCAGCUUAGUGCUUUUUGGUGUAAAUUUUGAUGGGAGAGGUGUAAAUUUCUUUUGUGUAGUUUGUAUGUAUGUAUAUUAUUUACCCUUACCCCUUUCUAUCAAAUUUCAAGUCAAUAUCCUAUCGGUUUGAAAAAUGAGUCCAAUUGCAAGGUUGAGUUCAGGUAGUUAGUUAAGGCAAUAUGUAAGUUUCUUUACGCUAGAAUUCGAUCUCUCUCUCUUUUUAAUCGCUUGAAUCUCAAUGUAUGUGAGCAAAACUACCGUAUUUAUUACACAAAAUGAAUGAAAAUUGAAAAGUUAAGGACAUUGGGAAAACUCAAAAUCUAUUGGUAUGAUAAAUAAUUUAGGGCUAUGAUGACUUGGAUUAAAACGUGGAUGAAUUCAGUGGUUAUAGAUCAACUUAUGCAUAGCAAAAUUCCAUGGGCUCAUUUUAGAGAGGGGGAGUUCAAUUAUGUUCACUAUAGCCCAAGCCAAACCCAUUCAUGCUGCAAGCCCAAUCUAAUCUGCUACCAAACCACCUUCUCUGGUCUCCGCCACAAAUAAAAAAUCUUUCAAAAUAAAAGCGAUAAGCUUCUCUUCCCCUGUUCUUCUUCUUGCUCUUGUCUUGCCACUACGAACACGCGCAUUUACCUCAAGAAACAGAGCAAAACCCUUCACCUAAAAUCAGAUAACAUGUUCUCGCUCAAGCUUUGCAAAAGCCACCAUAACUCACCCUUCCUCUCAAACCCUCAUCAACUUCAACAAGAAGCAAAAACUCGAAGUGCCCAUUUUGCACCAUGCAAAAUACUUAGCCCCAAUAGAAGAAAACUUGGCGUGAGAGCAAGUAGCAGUGGACAAGGAGGAGAAGCAGCUGAGAAGAAAAGCAGCGAAAGACGACCUUUCUUAACCCUAGAAGAAGCUGGUCUAGUGGAAAUAUCUGGUCUCAGCACUCACGAGAGGUUCCUAUGUCGUUUAACGAUAUCGUCUUUGAAUCUGCUGAGAGUGAUAUCAGAGCAAGAAGGUUGCCCAAUUGAGGAGCUAAAUGCUGGCAAGGUAUGCGACUGGUUUGUGAAGGAUAAGCUGAAAAGAGAGCAGAACUUAGACUCUGCUGUCCUUCAAUGGGAUGAUUCUUCCGAGCUUCUCUAACUAAACAAGACUUUGUAAAAACGACAUCCAGUUUUGAAUAAAACGCUUGCUUGGCUCAA